AUGGCUAGAAUAAAAUUAAUUUCUCGAUACAUAUUCAUUGUCGUCUCCGCCAUCAUCAACCUCUUUUCAAUUCUUAUCAUGAUCCACGCAUCGGCUCUUACUCAUGAAGAUGAUAGCUUGAAGAACAAAGACUUUCCGAUUCUUAUCCUUCAGUAUUGGAAGGGACCUCCUGUGACUAAUUUUUACAUUGCUCUUUUCAGUCUUGGCAAUUGGUUCCUAUUCUUUAUAAUCAUUUUUCCUCUCGUUAUAUUUUCUACAAAACUCGAUUGCAUGGCAGCCAAAUCUCCCGCAUUAGGGGUUCUAUUUGCAGUCUUAAAGUCUUACUCAAAUUUUGUUUGGGACUUUUCUAUGGUCAUAUGGUUUCACGCUUUGGGGAAAACAGUAAAGAGUGUUAAAGUGAUGAACCCAAAACUAUUCCUCUUCAAUCUUUUCAUUGGUUUAUUGUCAUUUGGAUUAGUAAAAAUCUUUCGGCUGAUCGACUGGAGCAGUUCAUUCCCCGUGACCUUAACCUACAGUUUGGUUCUUGUGUGUUUCGUCUUUUUGGUGAAGAUGUUUCAGCUUGUGACUUAUACAAUUACCUAUUUCUAAUGUAAGAGUCUCCAAGGGAAAAACGGAGUCGUUGAAUAUUUCACUACUCUCAUAGGAGGAUUGCCCUGA